CAGAUAAGAAUCUAGAGUCUAUUCUCUCGCCGUCUCUUCUCUCUGGUACUAGUUCUAGUAGGAGACGCAGGUUCACCAGAAGGCGAGGUACUACUUCCUCAGAACUACUCUCCUCUGAUGAGGAGAUCAUGUCUUCUCACAUCGGUGGUCUCUCUAAAUACAUAUCUAUGCCUCGCAAUGACCUUGUUCAGGCUAUCAUUGAAGAAUCACUGUCCGGGAAAGUAAAGGAGUUCCCACCAGGAGACCAACUCUCUCAGUCACCCGAGGAGGAGUUCCUAACACCUGGUGUCUCCGACACGGACGAUGUCCCCAGAGUCCUGGUCCCCAACGUUAAGCAGAGCGAGAGUGAGUACUCGAUAGGAGAGGUGUUAUAUCCUAGUCCCCCUCACUCGGAAACUGAGUUCAGUAAUGCUGGAGACAUGGUAUUUGGGGAGUAUAAUCUCCCUCACAACGAUUAUAUCACAGUCUACGAGGCAAUGCUGGAGAUAUACGAUGCUGCUAUCUCCGGUAAGAAGGAGAUGUUACACAUACUGAAGAAGACAGCUGCGGUUGAUGAUAUUGAUAAAUUUCCAAUCGCCAAUAAAAGUUCGUCCCUUUCUACCGAGCCAGGUAGUCCACCUGAGUUUGAGGAUCUACCCACGUUCUCCCUCUCAGCUUGCUAUAAUGUGCUCACUGAAGACUAUCAGGACAGACUUGAUAUUCUAGACGAGAGUUUAUCCUCUGACAGUGACGGUCCGUCCACUUCCUCUAGCUGGUUCACCUUUAGUUCCGGGAAGUCUAGUCUCAGAUCGAGCUUUGAGGUUCACGACGACCAAAGAGAGUUAAAGAAGAUGCCUUCUGUUGAUGAGGAGUCUCUCCAGCAAGACAUCUCCUCAGAGCUUGAAUGCAAGGAAGAACCUGGAGCUGGUGCAGUAAACGUUUAUCUUGUGGAUGGAGAGAAUGCAGGUGAUCUCGUGUUCGGAGAGAUAGAUAUUCCGUUUAAUGACUAUAUAGCGGAGCACUUGAUAACUUUGGACAGGGUCAGUGACUCUGAGUUGAUAGCAGAGUUGAUGGAUGCGAGCCUGCGGUUCUGGAGUGAGGACGUAAGUACGGAGUCAGACUCUGGACCUCCUGAUGUAGAAUGUUUCUCUCUAGACGAAACAGAGCUUGCAAAAUCUCCGAUAUAUUCUUCACGUCCAGAUUCAAUACCUAAGAUUACUGUUGAGGGUAUAGAUGAUGUGUUCAAGCACCCUAAAAAGAGGCGGAGGAGGAAAAAGAGGACAAAGUCCAGAUCUCCUGACCUCCUUCCCUUCCCUGAUACUUUCAUUGACCUUCGGUUAGACUCCCAAGCUCCUCCAAAUACACCUAUCUGUCCUAACACCUUCGCUCAGUCUCCUCCACAUAUUUCAUCACAGUUUCUGUUUAACAAAGCUCUCCUUGGGAGAGACCCUCUCAACACUUCAGACAACGACGAGGAGAAACCUUCCUCACCAUACCCAACUACAGAUACAGUAGACAGACUCCAUAUCCUCAUAGACAAGCCCUCGCAUAUCCUUGAGUCUCUAAGUGAGACUGAGGAGGAAGAUGAGGUGGUCAUUGAAGAGAAACCCUCCACCUCCUUCUUGAGGAUACAUCCUCAUGUAAACACUCAACUGCCACCUCACCAAGACCCUAGCCCGGCCCCUCUCUCACCUGUCAGGGAGAUGUGCGAGUCACCUGACUUCGACACCCCUGACCAGGAGAGUGAUACACACUCUGAAGCUAAUACAGACUCUGAUGUUCCCUCCAAGCCUCCUAAACCAGUCCUGACAAGAGCUCAGAAACGGAGGUUGAAAAAGAAGAAGCUGUGUAGAACUGACAGUGAAGUUGCGGAUAAGGAGGAGGACCCCACCAGCUCACCUAGCAGCUCCCCACGUAGACCUCCUGGGCUACCCAGACAAAGGAAUACCACCCCUCCGGAGCGGGACUCGGGACCUCGCACUGUUCUAGAUAACAUUGUAGUAGACGAGGACUCUCCCUCACCUGAUCGGAACGUUGUGUAUCUGGUUGAUGAGGACGGUGUUGUCACGGAGGGUCAGACAGCAGAGGACCUUAUCUUUGAGGAGUUUGAUGAGACUGUGAACGAGUACAUUUCUGAGAUGUUUGUGGAACAUGAAGGAGAGGAGGUUGAUAACAGUAGUGGGGUCUCCGUCCACCUCCUCUUCUGAUGUGAUGCAAGGCUUCUGUCCAACACCUGAUGAUGGUGAAACUCCAGAGGACCUUGUAUUCGAGGAGGAGGAAGAUGAAGAGCUGUUCCAAGGUUUAAUAUCAGUGUAUGAGACGGUUUACGAGACUCUUGUUUCUAACCCUGUUGAUACUGCUGAUGUUAGUGUGGGAUGUGAUUUAAACAGACCUCUAACAGCAGAUAUUGGUACAGACUCAAUUGUAGAUAACAAUCCGUGCAGUGAAAGUCAGAGCCAGACUGAGCAAACUCCUGUCGCUGCCAAAUCAACUCAAUCGUUCGUUAACUCUCAGUGCGGCAGUUCUCUGACUCUAGAGUCCUCUUCUCAAGCCACUCCCGACUACCUCUCCUCAGAGGUGCAAUGUGGCACUCCUGUUGCUCAUCUUGAGGACACGGCUUCUCAGUCAGAUCUGAAACCUGAUUCCUCUAGUUACGAGACACAAUGUGACAUCAAACCAACUUCCUCUUGUAAUGAGACUCAGUGUGAUACAGUCUCCACCAUGGAGACCAGCUCACAAGCUAUAAUCCUGCCUCAUUCUUCUGAUGUUACCCAACAGGCUGACACUAGACCGGAAUCGAUCUGCAGUGGACAACAAGCAGAUAUUAGACCAGAAUCUAUCUGCAAUGGACAACAAGCAGAUAUUAGACCCGAAUCGAUCUGCAAUGGACAACAAGCAGAUAUUAGACCCGAAUCGAUAUGCAAUGGGCAACAAGCUGAUAUUAGACCAGAUUCUAUCUGCAAUGGUCAACAGGCUGACAUUAGACCAGAUCUAGUGAGCAAUAGUCAACAGGCUGACAUCAGACCAGAUCUAGUGAGCAAUAGUCAACAGGCUGACAUCAGACCAGAUCUAGUGAGCAAUAGUCAACAGGCUGACAUUAGACCAGAUCUAGUGAGCAAUAGUCAACAGGCUGACAUUAGACCAGAUCUAGUGAGCAAUAGUCAACAGGCUGAUAUUAGACCAGAUCUAGUGAGCAAUAGUCAACAGGCUGACAUUAGACCAGAUCUAGUGAGCAAUAGUCAACAGGCUGACAUUAGACCAGAUCUAGUGAGCAAUAGUCAACAGGCUGACAUCAGACCAGAUCUAGUGAACAAUAGUCAACAGGCUGACAUCAGACCAGAUCUAGUGAGCAAUAGUCAACAGGCUGACAUUAGACCAGAUCUAGUGAGCAAUAGUCAACAGGCUGACAUUAGACCAGAUCUAGUGAGCAAUAGUCAACAGGCUGAUAUUAGACCAGAUCUAGUGAGCAAUAGUCAACAGGCUGACAUUAGACCAGAUCUAGUGAGCAAUAGUCAGCAGGCUAAUAUUAGACCAGAUCUAGUGAGCAAUAGUCAGCAGGCUGACAUCAGACCUCUCUCCUUCUCCUCCAGUACUCAGCUAGCUCCUGACACUACCACCACAGCCUCCCAGUUCUCUCCAGACUACUCUGACACUGCCUCUCAAGCUGUCAGUCAAGUAGAGGACUCUUCCAGCCAGUUCGACAAGAGCGCUAGCUCUGUGGAUACUGUUGCUGUGGAUACUGUUGCUAUGGAUACUGUUGAUUCUGUUGUAGCUCUGAAGAAACCUGUUGACGCUGUUAAAGUAGUCAUGUCAGCAACCCAGACAGAAAAUAGUGAGUCUGAUGAGGAGCUCAACAUCUGGACUCCAGAUCUGAUAUGUGUUGACAUGGAAGAGGAUGAGGAGGAAGAGAUCUCUGUAGAAGCAGACUCCAAAGAUAGGGUACAUUCCCAGAUGGAGGAAGUGAGACCUGAGUCUAUUACAAAGGGCACUCAGUGGGAAGACGAGGAAGAGUUCUACGAUGUUCAGGAGCCACAAGAGACAUCCUCUAAACAGCCUACUCAGGACCCACAAGAGACAUUCUCUACUCAGGAGCCACAAGAGACAUCCUCUAAACAGGAGCCACACGAGACAUCAUCUACACAUCCUACUCAGGUUCUGGAGGAGGUGAGAGAGAGUGAGGGUUGGAACCUGAGAGUUGAGGCGGUCUUAUCCUCUCCUGUCCUCGUCUCCCCCACCUCAUGGCUCGACGAUCAGGAGCUUAUUAUUCAGGAUUUGGUGGAAGAAUCCAGGAACUUGAGCGGAACUCCCCCCGGCAAAUUAGAAACGUUAUCAGCAAGACAGGAGUACCUGGUCUCGCUCCGUCACCAGAUCACCCUUUACAUGGACCUGUGUACUGAAGUAGAGGUAAAGUUGGGGGACGUGUCCAGUACUCUCGAUAAACCAAACCUCUGGUUAUCUAGCUCCCUGGAUGGAGGACUGCAGGAACAGCUCGAUAUCACCAAGGAUCUGCAGAGUGAGUUACGCACGAUAGGAGAGGAUAUUACCAGUGUAGAACAGUUCGCAGGGAAGCUAGAUCAGAUACUACCCGGACAAACCCACAACUCUCAGAACUUACGGGACAACUUCAACAAUUUAUCAGCCCGUGUGGGUGAGAAGUCAAACUAUUUGGAGGUGGAGAGUAACAAAUUCCUCAAGUUCCGUCAGGACUACAAUGAGCUAGGGGCAUGGCUACAGACAGCUCUAAAUGACGGGCCCAGUGAAGAAAGUAACACAGCAGACUCUUUAGGAAGCUUACAACGCUCCCAGAACAUAUAUAACACGUACAAGACUAGAGUAGACGAGCUGAGCGUGCUGAAACUGAAACUAGACAAUGUUAUAGCGUACGGAAGAGACCUACUGAUACAUCUCUCUCCCUCUGCUGCAAAACAACUCACGAGUGAUCUGACAAUACUACACACGUUGUGGGAGAAGCUAGACGAGGAAGUGAGAAGUAGAUACAGUGAAGUUAACAUAGCACUAGAGGGACUCCUCAACCUACAGGACCACACUAACACUAUCACAACCUGGUUAGAAGGGUUGAGUAGAAGAGAGAGUACACACCAACCUGAAGAAGGGGAUCAGUACACUAGACAUGUGCAACUCUACCAUGGUUACAUCGACCAACUUAACACUCAGUCAGCAGAAAUACAGUCUACUCGACAACUCUCUCACCAAUUGAUGGGAUCACUAGAUUCUAGUUACGAGCAGUUCAUUUCCUCCCAGUUUGAGACUUGUAACGGUCGAUGGGCUCAGCUCUCUGAUAAGAUCACACGUAAAUCAGAGCGAUGUCGCCACUUGCAAGACCUUCAAGCAUCACUUCGUGGUCACGAGGUCAUGAUGUCACAGUUUGACACUAUGCUGAAGGAGCUGGAGUUAUUGUUGCGUAGUGAAGGCUAUGAUAAGAGCUUUAUAACCGGGUUACCGGGACUACACGACCAGAUCACCGCCUCCCUACAGCUGGUGGGCUCGCUAGAGAAGGAGUGCGGGCAACUACAACUAGAGGACAGUGUGUGUAGUUGUGGGCUGGAGAUAUCACUGGGAACUACUAGCAGCAAGUGUAGAGCUAAGUGCCAGCUCCUACUGGAACUCCUCUCUAAAUAUCAGGGUGAUCUAGACGGGCACCUGAGGGAUGUUAAACUGUGCACUGCUCUGUACUCUGAGCUGACUACUGAACUUGGUGUGAUAGCAAAUCACGUGUUAUCAGCACUGAGCAACACUUCUCUUCCUAUAUCAGACAGAUUGGAAGCAGUAACAAUGCGGUGUGUGCAACUAGAAGGGUUACAAGUUAAAAGGGCUACAGCUGACGAGCUCUCCCUAAAGCUCUUCAAGCUAGCCUCCAAAUCUGAGACAGACACAAUCUCGCUCGGAAAGGCGGAUUUAGAGCGGACGUGGCUGAAAGUAACGGAGGAUAGUACACAUGCACAGGAGGAACUUGAGGCGAAGGCGAGUAGGCUGGCAGAGUUCCAGGAGAAAAGCGAGGAGCUGAAGAGGUGGUUAUCAGGGCUGAAGAGCAGAGUGGGAGACCUGGAUCCUAACCACAUUGUAGUUCCUAGUGCUCUUCAGGGAGAUAUUCUCUCUAUCAAGGCGCUAGGUGAUGAGUUGAGGAAGGGGGAGAAGGUGCUUGAGGAGGUUAAGUUUAUCGGAACAGCUCUAAAAGAAGAGGACACUAGUGUGGACUACGGUGUGGAGCUGGCGCUUCUUCUCGACACCUUUUCUAUCAUCGCUGACUCUGUCUCCACCAAAACGGGGCAGUACGAAGCAGCAGUAGAGGACUGGGAGCUGUUCAGACAAGGAGCGGAGGAGAGUAAGGCGUGUGUAGCUGAACUCAAGGAGUUACUCCAACAGGACGAUCCUAUUGGACCUGAUUUAGAGGACAACUUCGAGGAGAUCUCUAAACAGCGGAAAUACCUGUACGAUGCGUGUCAAGGCAGUGUAUUAGCUCUAACCAACCUGUCCAAGAAGCUGGUUGAUAAAGCAGGCCCUGAUGCUACUGCUAUCCUCCUCAGCGAACUUAACUCUGUUCAGGAUGAGUGGGAGGAUGCUGCCGAAGGAGCUGCACAACAGGAGGAGAGACAUAACACAGCCCUGUCUGACUGGGAGGACUUUAAGAACAAGUUAGACCAGCUGACUUUGUGGUUAGAGGACGUACAGGAGGAACUAGCCAGUGACAUUCCUAAGAUAACCGGGGGCAAACAACUACAGAAACUCAACAGCAAACAAGAGGAUUUAGAGAACGGUAUCAGAACCAGAGAUGCAUUGUACGAGGAACUGUGUGAGAAGGGAACAUUCUACAUCAACAACUGUGACUUUGCAGAGCUGGAGGAGAGGAUGGACAAUCUGGACACCAGGUGGAAGAUAGUAGAAGAGGAAAUACCGAACAGAUCUGAGAACAUUAACGCUCUACUGAGUGUAUGGCAGGAUAUUGACGAAGGAACCAGGGAGCUUAAACAGUGGCUAAACGACGCUAAAGUAGCUAUACCUGCUGGAGACGAACUAUCCGUACAUUCAGGGAGUGUUGACGAUACAGCAGCUGAUUUGAUAAGAUAUAAGAACUUUGCGGAGGAAUUGCGCGAGCGACGCUGCAAUCUCCACGACUUGAAGGCUAAACUUCAGGAUAUCGAAUACGAGGAAGAUUCUGGUGAACUAAAGCAGUUGCUUGGAGUUUUUGAAGAGUUAGAUAAGAACUUAGAAGGAGUGAAAGAUAACACUCUCUCUUGGAGACAGAACUUAGAGGACAGUGCUAACUUGUGGAACGUUGUGUCCCCUGCUGACGACAGUAUGAUAGCGCAGGAGCUGAACAAGCUAAGAAACCAGCAAUGUAAUUUAGCUGAGGCGGUGACUUGUCUCAACACUAAAAUAGGAGAGGUUCUCAAUCAACCAGCACCACCCCCCUCCUGGUGCUCCACUCUCCUCAGAUGGGCCCUGCUCCUCUUCCUCGCUUACCUUUUCUUUUACACCUUUAUACUAUGGUUAUCAGACAACGGGCAGUGUCCCGGCAAAUCCUGGCGGUGGUGGAGACAACUCACACCCGGCAUACAGUUUAGGACUUACCACCCCCAGCCCCACUGAGUCAGUCUUAAGUAGAACUAACCACCCCAGCCCCACUGAGUCAGUCUUAAGUAGAACUAACCGCCCCAACCCCACUUAAUUUAUUAUUUGAGUUGUAAAGCUACGUUUAUAUUUGUACACUGAGUGGUUUACUGAGUAUAAAGCGAGUCUUCUGACCUAUAACAGCUCUCCUGUUAGAUUUAUUUAAAUUGCUAUUUGUCUAAGUUUUCAGUUAUGAUGCGGAUCUAUUGAUUGUUGAUAGCGUUUAGCAAAGGUUUUAUCCGGAUUUUACUGCAGAUUGCGGUGCAUUAUUGAUUCUAGAACUUUAAGUCCCUGAUUCUUUAGUACCUCCAUCAGAUAGAUAGACAGCUCCACCGAUCUGAGAUUUAUGAAGUUGUACAUUUUAACUAUCUGAGAUUUAUGUUCCUUUAUCAUUUAUUCUAAGUUGAGUGUUAUUCUUUAAGUUUAAACCUUGAGUGUUAUUAAUAUUUAUUGGGUUUAAACAUUAGGUGAACGACAGUUCAAAUGUAAUGUACAUUACAUUACAUUGUACAUAGAACGAAUAACCCCGCUAUUUGACUCCUGUAUGAUGAUUGUCACUUCAGAUUUUAUUUUUAUUUUCAUUCAGACACCUGAAA